CCGCUGGGCUGGGGGAUGGACACCCUCUACCCCACUCCGCUCUGGGACGACCUCUACGGCAACAGCAGCCCGCCGGUGGACCCGCUGGCCAACAGCACGGACGGCGCCUUCCUGCCACUGGGGCUCAAGGUCACCAUCGUGGGCCUGUACCUGGCUGUGUGUGUCGGGGGGCUGCUGGGCAACUGCCUGGUCAUGUACGUCAUCCUCAGGCACACCAAGAUGAAGACGGCCACCAACAUCUACAUCUUCAACCUGGCCCUGGCGGACACGUCGGUGCUGCUGACCCUGCCCUUCCAAGGCACAGACGUCCUCCUGGGCUUCUGGCCCUUCGGGGACGCCCUGUGCAAGGCGGUCAUCGCCGUCGACUACUACAACAUGUUCACUAGCACCUUCACGCUGACCGCCAUGAGCGUGGACCGCUACGUGGCCAUCUGCCACCCCAUCCGCGCCCUCGACGUCCGGACGUCCAGCAAAGCACAGGCUGUCAACGUGGCCAUCUGGGCCCUGGCCUCUGUCGUCGGCAUCCUGGUCGCCAUCAUGGGCUCCGCGCAGGUGGAGGGUGAAGACGUGGAGUGCCUGGUGGAGGUGCCGGCCCCGCAGGACUACUGGGGCCCCGUGUUCGCCACCUGCGUCUUCCUCUUCUCCUUCGUCCUGCCGGUGCUGGUCAUCUCCGCCUGCUACGGCCUCAUGCUGCGGCGGCUGCGCGGCGUGCGUCUGCUCUCGGGCUCCCGCGAGAAGGACAGGAACCUGCGGCGCAUCACGCGGCUGGUGCUGGUGGUGAGGGCGGGGGCCUGGCCCGUCGCGAGCCCUGCGGAGGCCCUGAGGCGAGGACCCCAGCUGGGGUGCGGGGGCAAGGGCCUCAGUGGACCGUCCUGCGCGUGGGCGCGUCCUCGGCUGCUGCGGACCUGCGGACUUGCUGCCUGCGACCCAGCGUCUCGGGAGGGGCCUGGCGUCCUGCUGGGGGGCCUGCGCCCCGCUGGGCUCGUCUCCCCUGACCCUGGCCGGUCCUCUGUGCCUCUGCCAGCGAGCAGCGAGCAGGUCAGCGCCUGUGACUGA